AUUAAGUUCGAAGAACAUCAACACCUUUCCGACAACCAACGACAACCACGACGCAGGUCAUUAAUCCGUCGAAAUGGCUUCCCGACCAACAGUUUCCGUCUUGUCUGCCGAUGGCACCGCCACCGGCACGACCAUCCCUCUUCCAAAGGUACGAAUACCGCGAUGCGAAAAAUCAAAGUCGAUAUAAUGGAAUUUUGAGGCUUUUGGGACUUUGGAAGGAAUUGAAACUGACGGCAAUUGAAUAGGUCUUCACCUCCCCGAUUAGACCUGAUAUUGUUCAAACUGUUCACACCGGAAUGGCCAAGAACAAGCGUCAACCAUACGCUGUGAGCGAGAAGGCUGGUCACCAAACCUCUGCUGAGUCCUGGGGUACUGGUUAGUGCAAAUAUUUUAUACAAUAUAGAAGGAUUGGGCAAUUGGCUAGGCGCGAAAACUCAAAGAGCAGAGCUUUUUACAAUUGGAAAAAGAGUUCAAGCUAAUUGUGGUAUCUAUACAGGUCGUGCUGUUGCCCGUAUUCCCCGUGUCUCUGGUGGUGGAACUCACCGUGCUGGUCAAGCUGCUUUCGGUAACAUGUGCAGAUCUGGACGUAUGUUCGCCCCUACAAAGGUCUGGAGAAAGUGGCACCAAAAGAUCAACCUUGGACAAAAGUGAGAAUUCGAUUUUGAACCUUUUCUCAAACUCAACUAAUUUUAUUUAGGCGAUUCGCAACCGUUUCUGCCCUCGCUGCCUCCGGUAUCCCAGCUCUCCUUUUCGCUCGUGGUCACCAGAUCUCCGAAGUUGCUGAAGUUCCACUCGUCAUCAACUCCGAGGUCUUUGAGGGUGCCAAGAUUGCUCGCACUGCUGCUGCAGCUGGUCUCCUCAAGACUGUCGGUGCUUUGAAAGACGUUGAGAAGGUUAAGGAUUCCCGAAAGCUCCGUGCCGGUAAGGGUAAGCUCAGAGGUCGUCGUCACAGACAGAGACGUGGACCUCUCGUUGUCUACGACGGAGCCACCGAUGGCAAGGAACUUGUCCGUGCUUUCCGUAACCUCCCAGGUGUUGAGACCUGUGAUGUUUACUCCUUGAACUUGUUGCAAUUGGCACCAGGUGGACACCUCGGCCGUUUCAUCAUCUGGUCUUCAUCUGCCUUCAAGGCUCUUGACAACAUUUACGGUACCACCACUGCCCCCUCCGCCCUCAAGAAGGACUUCCUCCUCCCAUCCAACGUUGUCUCCCAAGCCGACAUUGGACGUCUCAUCAACUCCUCUGAAUUGCAAUCCGUUAUCCGUGCUGCUAAGGGAUCCGCGCUUACCAAGCGUGCUGGUGUUCAGAAGAAGAACCCAUUGCUCAACAAGCAAGUUCUUUUGAGAUUGAACCCAUACGCUGCCGGAUACUCGAAAGAGAAGAUCGGUACAAAGGGAUUGGAUGCCGGCAAGCCUGAGCGUAUUAACAAGACUCAAUACGCCGAGGUCUUGAAGGAGGAUUAAGCGGUUGUGAUUGUUUUUGUUUUCAAAUAUUCAAUGAGGGGUGGGACAUUGUAGGCGCUUAUGAUAGCUUGAUGGCUUCAAGCGGAGGUCUUCAUAAGUAAUGAAAAAUAUUACGGACGCCUAAAUCAAAAAAUGAUACCUUUAUCUCUCUUGCUUAAUACU